ACGACCGGGACUAUCAUCCUAAAGCCGUCUUAGUAUAGUACGAGUCACCAUUAACGGUGACGAUAUAUUAAGGACGAAGGUGCAGGAUUGUCAUUAAUCGGAGACAAGACACUAGAGAAAGAGUUUCAUAACCGUACCAGCAAAUACUGAAGCACAUAUCACAGUCAAGAAAUACAAGAUGAGGCGGACAGUAUUAAUAUUUUUCUGCGUAGCAGCCAUAGUUGCUGUAUCUGGAAAAGAGGAGAAAGGUGACGAAAAGGAAGAGAAGUCAGAAAAGGACAAGAAGGAAGAUAUUGGCACAGUGAUUGGUAUUGACUUGGGGACGACUUACUCAUGUGUGGGAGUGUUCAAGAAUGGUAGGGUUGAAAUCAUCGCCAAUGACCAGGGUAACAGAAUUACUCCAUCUUAUGUGGCCUUCACUCCCGAGGGGGAACGUCUUAUUGGUGACGCCGCAAAGAAUCAGUUGACAAGCAAUCCUGAGAAUACCGUCUUUGACAUCAAACGUCUUAUUGGGCGCAGUUGGAGUGAGAAGUCUGUGGCAGAGGAUGUCAAAUUUUUCCCAUUCAAUGUGAUUGAAAAGAACAGUAAGCCACAUGUUCGAGUUGAUGUUGGUGGAGACAGAAAGACUUUUGCUCCAGAGGAAAUCUCAGCCAUGGUUCUCGGAAAGAUGAAGGAGAUUGCUGAGGCGUAUUUGGGCAAGAAAGUGACCCAUGCUGUUGUGACAGUGCCAGCGUAUUUCAACGAUGCCCAGAGACAAGCCACCAAGGAUGCUGGCAGUAUUGCUGGCCUGAAUGUUAUGAGGAUCAUUAAUGAGCCGACUGCAGCUGCUAUUGCCUACGGAUUGGACAAAAAAGAAGGCGAGAAGAACAUCUUGGUCUUUGAUCUCGGUGGUGGCACUUUUGAUGUCUCGGUCCUGACCAUUGACAAUGGUGUCUUUGAGGUCGUGGCCACCAAUGGUGACACUCACUUGGGUGGUGAGGACUUUGACCAGAGAGUGAUGGAACACUUCAUGAAGCUCUACAAGAAGAAAACUGGCAAAGAUAUCCGCAAGAGCAACAGAGCCACUCAGAAACUUCGCCGUGAAGUGGAGAAGGCCAAGCGUGCUUUGUCCAGCGCUCACCAGACUAGAAUUGAGAUCGAGUCCUUCUACGAGGGAGAAGAUUUCUCUGAGACUUUGACCCGUGCCAAAUUUGAGGAGCUGAAUAUGGAUUUGUUUAGAAAGACCAUGGCUCCAGUUAAGAAAGUCAUGGAGGACUCUGACCUGAAGAAAAGUGACAUAGACGAGAUUGUUCUUGUCGGUGGGUCCACCCGUAUCCCCAAGGUGCAGCAGCUUGUCAAGGAAUACUUUGACGGCAAGGAGCCAAGCAGAGGUAUAAACCCUGAUGAGGCCGUUGCUUAUGGCGCCGCUGUCCAAGCUGGAGUUCUCAGCGGAGAAGAGGACACUGGUGAUCUAGUCUUGCUCGAUGUUUGCCCUCUAACCCUUGGCAUCGAGACUGUAGGUGGCGUUAUGACCAAGCUAAUCCCAAGGAACACUGUGAUUCCAACAAAGAAAUCCCAGAUUUUCUCCACUGCAGCUGACAAUCAGCCAACAGUCACAAUUCAGGUCAUGGAGGGCGAGCGCCCAAUGACAAAGGACAAUCACUUCCUCGGGAAAUUCGACUUGACUGGCAUUCCCCCAGCUCCAAGAGGUGUCCCACAGAUUGAAGUCACCUUUGAGAUAGAUGUGAAUGGUAUUUUGAAAGUGUCUGCAGAAGACAAAGGCACAGGAAACAAAGAAAAGAUUGAAAUUAAAAACGACCAGAACAGGUUAUCACCAGAAGACAUUGAGAGAAUGAUCAAUGACGCUGAAAAGUAUGCUGAUGAAGAUAAAAAAGUAAAAGAAAAAGUUGAGUCACGUAAUGAACUAGAAAGCUAUGCUUAUUCUCUUAAAAAUCAAAUUGGAGAUAAAGAAAAACUAGGAGGCAAACUCAGUAGUGAAGACAAAGAAAAAAUUGAGACUGCAGUAGAAGAGAAAAUCAAAUGGCUCGAAGCCAACCAUGAUGCUGAUGUAGAGGACUUUAAACAGCAAAAGAAAGAACUAGAAGAAAUUGUAACACCUAUUAUGAGCAAACUUUAUGAAGGCGCUGGUGGUCAGGCACCUCCACCAGGGGGCGAUGGUGGCGAUAGCGCGGAGAAAGAUGAGCUAUAAAAAAACUUCAGACUUAAGUUUUGUUAUAUAGUAGUUAUGUAUUUGAAACCAAAUAUUUGAGGUUGUUGUGCUUGAGGAACAAGCUGAUGAGUAUAAUUUUCAGUAUUAUGGAGAAUUUGUGCCUGUGAGAUUGUUUCUCGAGUAUCUGUACAGUCGCUGAGUAAGAAAGCUGUGAUUAUGCUUUGCUUUGUGACUUAAAACUAUUGUCCAUCUCUGCCAAUUCCAUAUUUGUACAGAUAAUGUCAAAUUGUGUAUGUUCUUCUUCAAAAGUAAUAGUAGUUGAGAUUAGUUCUUGUUCACAGGUUUCAUUUGUUUAGAAAUAGAUUUUUGAGUGAAUAUUGUAAAAAAAAAAUCAUUUCCAUUGUGAUCUCUGUGGAGGAUCGAGGUGUAUUGUCAUUCAUUUGAAUAAAAAAUUAUUUAUGUAAAAAAUAUA